AUGGCGUGCGGCCGCGGCGGCAGGGUCACCAUCCAGCUUGUGGACGAGGAGGCAGGGGCUGGAGUCGGGGUCCCGCGGCCUUUCCGGGGCCAGAGCUUUGAGGCAAUCCGGGCGGCCUGCCUGAAUUCGGGGAUCCUGUUCCGCGACCCCCACUUCCCUGCUGGCCCUGAUGCCCUUGGCUAUGACAAACUGGGGCCGGACUCGGAGAAGGCUAAAGGCGUGGAAUGGAUGAGGCCCCAUGAGUUCUGUGCUGAGCCCCACUUCAUCUGUGAGGACAUGAGCCGAACAGACGUGUGUCAAGGAAGGCUUGGUAACUGCUGGUUUCUUGCGGCCGCUGCGUCCCUCACUCUGUAUCCCCGACUCCUGCACCGCGUGGUGCCUCCUGGACAGGGUUUCCAAGAUGGCUACGCAGGUGUCUUCCACUUCCAGCUCUGGCAGUUUGGCUGCUGGGUGGAUGUUGUGGUAGACGACAGGCUGCCCGUGCGCGAGGGGAAGCUGAUGUUCGUGCACUCGGAGCAGCGGAACGAGUUCUGGGCCCCCCUACUGGAAAAGGCCUACGCCAAGCUGCACGGCUCCUACGAGGUGAUGCGUGGCGGCCACAUGAACGAGGCCUUUGUGGACUUCACUGGCGGCGUGGGCGAAGUGCUCUACCUGCAGCGCGACACCCCGGGCCUCUUCUCCGCCCUGUGCCGCGCCCUGGCCAAGGAGUCCCUCGUGGGCGCCACUGCCCUGAGUGAUCGGGGCGAGCACCGUACAGAAGACGGGCUGGUGAAGGGACACGCAUACUCGGUCACAGGCACGCACAAGGUGUCCCUGGGCUUCACCAAGGUGCGGCUGCUACGGCUGCGGAACCCGUGGGGCCGCGUGGAGUGGAACGGGGCCUGGAGUGACAGCUGCCCGCGCUGGGACAUGCUCCCCACCGAGUGGCGAGAUGCCCUGCUGGUGAAGAAGGAGGAUGGCGAGUUCUGGAUGGAGCUGCAGGAUUUCCUCCGCCACUUCAACACCGUCCAGAUCUGCUCGCUGAGCCCUGAGGUGCUGGGCCCCAGCCCGGCGGGGGGUGGCUGGCACGUCCAUGUGUUCCAGGGCCGCUGGGUGCGCGGCUUCAACUCUGGUGGGAGCCAGCCGGGCGCGGAAACCUUCUGGACUAACCCCCAGUUCCGGCUGACGCUGCUGGAGCCUGACGAGGAGGAGGAUGAUGAGGACGAGCAGGGGCCCUGGGGGGGCUGGGGGGCCGCAGGGGCAUGGGGACCCGCGCAGGGGGGCCGCAUCCCCAAGUGCACCGUCCUCCUGUCCCUCAUCCAGCGCAACCGGCGGUGCCUGAGGGCCCAGGGCCUCACUUACCUCACCGUGGGCUUCCACGUGUUUCAGAUUCCAGAAGAGCUGCUGGGCCUCUGGGACUCUCCGCGCAGCCGCGCGCUCCUGCCGGGCCUGCUGCGCGCCGACCGCUCGCCCUUCUCCGCCCGCCGCGACGUGAGUCGCCGCUGCCGCCUGCGGCCCGGCCACUACCUGGUGGUGCCGAGCGCGGCGCGCGCCGGCGACGAGGCUGACUUCACGCUGCGCGUCUUCUCCGAGCGCCGCCACUCGGCCGUGGAGGUUGAUGACGUGAUCAGCGCCGACCUGCAGGCGCUCGCGGCCCCCCAGGUGCCCCUGGAGCUAGGGAUGGAGCAGCUGUUUCAGGAGCUAGCCGGAGGGGAGGAAGAGCUCAACGCCCCUCAGCUCCAGACCCUGCUAAGCAUCGCCCUGGAGCCUGCCAGGGCUCACGCCCGGACCCCUGGAGAGAUUGGGCUCAGGACCUGUGAGCAGCUGCUGCAGUGCUUUGGGCAUGGGCGGAGCCUGGCCCUGCACCACUUCCAGCAGCUAUGGGGCCACCUCCUGAAGUGGCAGGCCACAUUUGACAAGUUCGACGAGGACGCCUCUGGAACCAUGAACUCCUAUGAGCUGAGGCUGGCGCUGAACGCGGCAGGCUUCCACCUGGACAACCAGCUGACCCAGGUCCUCACUAGCCGCUACCGGGACAGCCGCCUGCGCGUGGAUUUCGAGCGCUUUGUGUCCUGCGCUGCCCAGCUCACCCGCAUCUUCCGUCACUGCAGCCAGCACCUGGGUGGAGGUGAGGGGGUCGUCUGCCUGACCCACAGACAGUGGUUGGAGGUGGCCACCUUCGCCUAGGAUCAGUGGACACGGAGCACCUGUCCCUUCCUCCAGCCAUGGACCUGGGGUCAUUCCACGGCGGGGAAAAUCUGAGGCCCAGCAACCAACCCCCACCCACCCCCCACCGCCCACCGCCCUGACGCUGAGCAGUUCAGAGGCCGGGCUCAACUUCCGGCUCCACCGUUCACCAGCUGGACACGAGUCACUGCACCUCCUGUGCUUGCGUUCCGCAUCUGUAAGCAGGUGACUGCACCUUUCCAGGGCAGACCACGGGAGUCCGUGUGCACUGUGCACUCAGAACAGCGCCUGCCCCCAGCGCACGCUCAUGGCACCCUGCUGCUCAGCACCCUACUGCUCGGUGCCCUCACAGGGCUGGGGAUCACGGGGUCAGGUGUCCUGCCUUGCCCUGGGGAGGCCUUCUACCCUCAGUCUCCUAAGAGGCCGAGGGCAGAGGCAGGAGACAGACAAUGAGAGGACGCUUCAGGAAUCCUUAAAAAUAUUACAUGUUUUAUUGUCCUGUCCCCAGAAGGGUGGUUUAUCCAGAAACCAAGGAAAAAAAAAAAAAAUCCAAAUGAACUAAAAAAAAAAAAAAAAAAAAAAAAAAAAGGAAAAAAGGGAGUGAAACCAUCGACUAACAGGCAACCAGGCCAGCAGCCCACCCUCCACCUCAGGAGGGCCCCCGAGACCCAUGCCCAAUGACAGACAACAGAGAACACCCAGUUAGGGGGCUGGGGGCAGCAAAUCAGCUACGUCUUCAUUACAGGAGCAAGACAAAGGGCAAAGAUAUGUUGUGCGGUGAAUAUAUAUUUAUAUAAUAAAUCCGUAAGUUAAUAAAGUAAA